GCAGCGCGUGGGGGCCUCGCACAGCUGAGCUCACCCUGACUCUCCCUUCCCCAGCCGCUGGGUCCCCUUCUGAACUCGCCCUGACCCUGCGGUGGACUCGGCAACACCAUGCCCCGCCCCAAACCCACCCCCCGACGGCGCGGGCGUUCCCCAGCCCCCCCAUCGCCCCCGCAGCGGGCACGCAGGCGCCGCCCAGGGCAGCGGGCAUUGCAGGAGAUCCGCACGUACCAGAGAAGCACCCGCCUGCUGCUGCGCCCCGGCCCCUUUGCCCGCCUGGUGCGGGAGCUCUGCCUGCUCUUCACCCGCGGCGUCGAUUACCGCUGGCAGAGCAUGGCCCUGCUGGCGCUGCAGGAGGCAGCAGAGGCCUUCAUGGUGAGGCUGUUGGAAGACGCAUACCUGUGCUCGCUGCACGCCCGCCGAGUCACCCUGUUCCCCAAGGAUCUGCAGCUGGCCCGGCGCCUGCGAGGGCCUGAAGCGGGGGGCAUCUGAAUGAGGACCCCCUGGGGAGUCUCUCCUGAUAAUUUCACACCCAUAAUCUUAUUGGGACCUCCUAUGGGACCAUCAU